AAGUGAAAGUGUCCAGCUCCCCAUUUCUUGUAAAUGCCACCGUUACAAAUAAUUCAUCUGGGCAGAUGAACAGCCAGACCCAGUCUGCUUUCCAUACACUGGGUGAUUACACUUCACUGUUCUCCGCUGUCGACAGCAAAACAUUCAAGAAUUAAGAUAUGGCGUCUCUCAGCAUGACAGAAGACCAGUUGCGCUGUUCCAUCUGCCUGGAUAUCUUCGUCCUCCCUGUCUCCACUCCGUGUGGACACAACUUCUGCAAAUCUUGUAUCUCUGACUACUGGGAUAUCAGGGAAGCCAUCUGCCCUCUGUGUAAGGAGACGUUCAAGAAACGUCCUGACCUCCACGUCAACACGUUCAUUAACGAGAUAAUCAACCAGUUCAAAUCGGCACAGGAGGACAUUUCUCCACACACCAUUUUGCCAUUGAGAGAGCCAGAGCAGGGGGAUGCUACAGAUGGAGGAGUGAACAGGAAGAUCCAGGCCAGACUGAAGAAGGUGGAGGAGAUCAAAAACUCAGUGGAGAUCAGCAGAGCUAGUUCACAGAAAGACAUAGAGGAAAGUGAGCAGGUCUUCACUGAGCUGUUGCGCUCCAUUGAGAGAAGCCAGGCUGACGUCGUCGGUGAGAUCCAGGAGAAACAGAGAGCUGUGGAGAAACAAGCUGAAUGUCUCAUCAAGGAGCUGGAACAGGAAGUAGCAGAUUUAGAGAGUGGAAAUAAUAAACAAGGGGAACUCCGUUCCACCCCACAACAAAUCUGUUCUGAGACCAGUGCUAGCAGUGGUGGAAAAACCAUCUGGGGAAUUGUGUCCCAACUGGAAGAUACCUUCAGAGAGGAGAUGAAGAAAGUCAUGGAUAAAGGGUUGAAAUUGCUGAAGACUAAUGCAGUGAACGUGAUUCUGGACCCAGACACAGCUCAUCCUUUCCUUGUUCUGUCUGAGGAUGGGAAACAGGCCAGACACGUCAACGAUUGGAGGAUCCUGCCUUUCAACCUCAAGAGGUUCAAUACCAGUAUCAGCGUUCUUGGGAGGACAGGGUUCUCCUCCAGGAGAUUCUACUUCGAGGUGCAGGUCUCUGGGAAGACUGACUGGGGCCUAGGAGUGGCCAGGGAGUCCAUCGACAGGAAGGGGAAGGCACUCCCGACCCCUGCGAUUGGCUACUGGACCUUGUGGCUGACCAAUAGGUAUGAGUACAGGGCUGCAGAUGAUUCUGGCUCCAUCCUCCUCUCCCUGAGAGAGAAGCCCCAGAAGGUGGGGGUGUUUGUGGAUCACAAGGAAGGGUUGGUGUCUUUUUACGACUCGGAAGCCAAGGUUCAUAUCUAUUCCUUCACUGGGUGCUCCUUCAAUGAGAAACUUUUCCCCUUCCUGAACUCUAGUGUCAAUGACAAUGAUAAAAACUCUGCUCCAUUUGUCAUUCUGCCUGUCAGUCAUAGAGGCUGACAGGCUGAUUGGUUAGAAAUCAAGAUGGGAUGGGCCACAUGUAUUUUGACUAACAUCCCCAUCUGUAUCCUUCCUAAAAACGCUUCUGCUGAACUGUUUGCCAGUAUGCAAAUGUAAUGAUAUAUGCGAUAUCAUAAAUGGUAUUUUAUGAUUCUUGAACUCUGCCCCAUUUGUCAUUCUGCCUGUCAGUCAUAGAGGCUGACAGGCUGAUUGGUUAAAAAUCAAGAUGGAAUGGGCCACAUGUAAUUUGAUUGAUUCUGGUCUGUUGAGAACUGUAGUUCUUGAUGAUAGUACUGAUUCAAUAAUAUAUCUGCCUAUGUGUUGAACUUGGUGUAAACUGUCUGUGAUUUAGAUAAUAUGACUAACAUGACGAAUAACAUUUCAAAAACAUGACUAUUAACAUUUCAAUAACAUGACGAAUAACAUUUCAAUAACAUUACGAAUAACAUUUCAAUAACAUGACGAAUAACAUUUCAAAAACAUGACGAAUAACAUUUCAAAAACAUGACGAAUAACAUUUCAAUAACAUGAUGAAUAACAUUUCAAUAACAUGACGAAUAACAUUUCAAUAACAUGACGAAUAACAUUUCAAUAACAUGAUGAAUAACAUUUCAAUAACAUUACGAAUAACAUUUCAAUAACAUGACGAAUAACAUUUCAAAAACAUGACGAAUAACAUUUCAAUAACAUGAUGAAUAACAUUUCAAUAACAUGACGAAUAACAUUUCAAUAACAUAACGAAUAACAUUUCAAUAACAUGACGAAUAACAUUUCAAUAACAUUACGAAUAACAUUUCAAUAACAUGACGAAUAACAUUUCAAAAACAUGACGAAUAACAUUUCAAUAACAUGAUGAAUAACAUUUCAAUAACAUGACGAAUAACAUUUCAAUAACAUGACGAAUAACAUUUCAAAAACGUGAUAAUAAGAUGGUAAUAACAUGAAGAAUGUUGAUUUAGUUGAUAUAGUAUAUUCAAAAAUGUAUUAGAUGAGUGAUUACAGCUAUUACAGUGUAUUUUCAAUCACAAAUAGCAUGAAUUAAUUGGUAUUCGUUUGUUAUAAGCCUAGUGAAGGACUCAGUAUGCAUUGUUAUCCUUCUUAAGAGUCGGAAAAAUCGAACAAUAAAGCUUUCUUUCCGUGCCGGA